AUGCCUCUCUCUACGGCUGUUUUCGAUUUCGAGAUUCGUGAAGGGGGGAACUCGGUUAUUAAGGGUUAUAAGAAGAUGCUCUUACACAAAUUAACAUCAUGUAGUCGAACGACGUUACGUAGUUGUCAGACGUUUGUCGGCCGUGGAAAGCCGACACUUGGUAUUCGACGUGAGACGAUUAACGCUUGGGAGCGACGUGCACCAUUAGCUCCAGCGCAUGUGAAGAAAUUGACGAAGGCUGGCGUCAAUGUACUCAUUCAACCGAGUAAUCGUAGAGCAUACCCUAUUCAAGAUUAUAUCGCUGCUGGUGCGGUUGUGCGAGAAGACCUCUCAGACGCACAACUAAUCAUAUCAGUUAAGCAGGUCCCUGUGGAUCAACUUAUUGCUAACAAGGCUUACGCAUUUUUCUCACAUACCAUUAAAGCUCAACCCGAUAAUAUGGAAAUGCUGGACACUAUUUUGCAGAGGAAAAUCCGACUGAUUGACUAUGAGAAAAUCGUUGACGAAAAGGGAAAACGUUUAGUCAUGUUUGGGAAGUGGGCGGGGAAUGCUGGUUUCAUCGAUAUCCUCCAUGGUCUCGGAUUGAGGUUGCUUGCUUUGGGUCAUCAUACUCCAUUUCUUCAUAUGGGGCUCGCUCACAACUACAGCGACUCUCAUAUGGCGGUUAAUGCCUUGCGAGAUAUUGGAUAUGAGAUCGCUUUAGAUAAAAUGCCACGGUCACUCGGACCCCUUGUCUUCAUAUUUACUGGCUCCGGCAAUGUUUCACGCGGUGCUCAAGAGUUGUUCGAACAUUUACCUCACGAAUUUGUUGAUGUUGCUACUUUGCCAAAAGUUGCGCAAAAAGGACAGUUGAAUAAAGUUUACGGAUGCGUUGUUGGACGAGCAGAUCACAUGGUCUCCAAAAACGGAGGUUCAUUUAACAAAACUGAGUUCGAGGAACAUCCGGAACGAUAUAUUUCGAAGUUUGCUACUGAAAUUGCUCCAUAUGCUACUGUGAUAAUAAAUGGUGUGUAUUGGGAUGCUCGAACACCGCGAUUGAUCACUAUUCCUGAUGCUAAGCACUUGCUCACUCCGAUUCAAAAGUAUGAAGUUCCGGGAUGUCCAACACUACCUCACCGACUGGUUGCAAUCUGUGAUAUUUCUGCGGAUCCAGGAGGUUCAAUUGAGUUUAUGACCGAGUGCACCACCAUCGACAAACCCUUUACAAUUUACGAUGCUGACUUUCAUACUACAAGCGAUAGCUUUGAUUCAAAGUCUGGUUGCCUUGUAUGCAGUAUCGACAACAUGCCUGCGCAAAUGCCCCUAGAGGCGACAGAGCAGUUCGGGAAUCUGCUGUUUCCAUACAUUUUCGACAUGUUGAAUUGCACAACGGAACAGCCGUUUGAUCGUUUAACAUGUCGACCAGAGGUAAAAGGUGCAAUUAUCACAAAUGGAGGGAUGUUAACACCUAACUACGAGUACAUCUCCGAUCUUCGUAAUGCAAAAGCAACAGCUUCCUAUCAUAAAUCACGCGUAAUGGGAGCAGACGAGAAGAAGGUGUUACUGCUUGGUGCUGGAAUGGUCAGUGGACCAUUUGCAGACUUCUACUCUAAACAGCCCAAAGUACAAGUGACAGUAGCCACUGAAUCUCGUGAGGACGGGCAUCGACUAGCGAAAAGCGAUAACAUUACUCCUCUUGUCGUUGAUGUAGCCAGAGAACAUGACGUGUUGGAACAACUAGUAAGAGAUCACGACCAGGUAGUGUCUUUACUACCUUACGUCUUCCACCCAAUGGUAGCAAAGUUGUGUAUCAAGAACAAGACGAAUAUGGUCACAAGCAGUUAUGUUUCUCCAGAAUUACAAGCAUUAGACAAAGCGGCACAAGAUGCUGGAGUGACCAUCAUGAAUGAAUCAGGCCUCGAUCCUGGAAUUGACCAUAUGCUUGCGAUGGAAUGCUUCGACGAAAUAAAAGAACACGGUGGAAAGAUAACUUCUUUCGUUUCUUUCUGCGGUGGUCUUCCUGCACCAGAAUCAUCCGACAACCCACUUCGCUAUAAAUUCAGCUGGAGUCCCAAAGGUGUCCUAACGGCGCUUCUCAAUCCAGCCAAGUAUUUACAAGAUGGCAAAAUCGUGGAAAUCCCGUCUGGAAAAGUUGUUGACCAUCUUUAUCCAAUCGAUUUCAUGCCUGGAUUCAAUCUGAUUGGCUAUGGUAAUAGAGAUUCAACCAAAUACUCAGAAAUAUAUGGACUUGGAUCUGACUGCAAAACUUUAAUUCGUGGGACUCUUCGGUACAAGGGAUUCGUCGAAACAGUUAAAGCGCUAGAUGCUGUUGGAUUGUUGAGUACUGAACCACAAGAUGUCUUUAACUCGGUUAUGGGCCCGGAUCUUACUUGGAAGCAGCUGAUGGCAGCUUUACUCAAUCAAAAGCAAGAUAUUUUCCCUGAUUCGCUCCGAAACAUCGCCGCUGAAAAACUUGGUGGUGUUAACUCAACUGGUAUGAAAGCUCUGCAAGAACUAGGCCUCUUCAGUGAUAUUGUUGCUGAUAGACAUGGAACUGCUUUGGAUACACUGGCUCCAUAUUUGUCGAAGAUACUCGCAUUCAAAGAGAACGAACGGGAUCUGGUGGUGCUGAAUCAUGAUAUUGGAGUUCGACUACAAAGUGGGAGUAUGGAGCGACACAGGAUCAGUCUAGUCGCUUACGGAGACCGCAAUGGAUUUUCAGCUAUGGCUCGGACUGUGGGAUACACUUGUGCCGUUGUGUCGAAUAUGGUUCUGCAAGGAGAAAUCCAACGGCCUGGCAUGCUACGACCUGUAACUAAAGAAGUCUAUCGCCCCGCAUUGAAGCGGCUAGCCGACUUCGGUAUUGUUGCGUCGAAGACGAUCAUUCCGAUGUAA